AUGAGUGAAUGGAUAAGUAACAUUCUGUACGAUAAUUUUCAAAACAUUACAAUCAUUCCCAAUCCGACUGACAGCAUCUAUAAAAAUGAAAAUGUUUCAUAUGAUGCUUACGGGUUUUGCAUCAAGGAUGAAGAGUUGAAUCAAUCAGUUAAUUUCUAUGAAAGCAAGUUUCAACCUAAGCGUGAACGCCGUAAGAAGAGGUGGAACAAAUUUAUGGGUAUCCAAAGUUUGGACAACAUUAAUUUAAGUUUGUUCAAAGUCAUGAUCAGAAAGGGUGUGCCAGACAACCUUAGGUCUUCAAUCUGGCAAAAAAUGAUAGGCAGUGAUGUACUCUACACAGCAAACAUUGGUAUAUUUGAUAAAAUGUUAAAUGUGACUCUUAAGCCAGAAAUAAUGAAGCAAAUAAAGUUGGAUGUUGUUAGAACAUUUCCUACCCACAAAAAAUUUUCACCUAAUAAACAUGGUUUAGAAGAUUUGGAGAGGGUAUUGUACGCCUUCGCUACCUACUUUCCUUCCAUUAACUAUUGCCAAAGUAUAAAUUACAUAGCUGCUGUACUUUUGCUAUUUCUACCUCCUGAAAGAGCCUUUUGGACCCUAGUGCAACUGAUAGAGAGUAAAUCGACAGAUAAGGGUUUAAGAAUUUCAGGUUAUUAUAAGGAAGGGAUGACUGACCUUAUGCGGGAUAUAUUGGUUUUGGAAUCUAUAUUAGAGACUAGGUUAAAACGGGUUCAUGCCAAGUUUAGAAUUUUUGGAAUUGACAUUGGUUGGAUAUGUGCAGAAUGGUUUUUAUGUCUCUUUUCAAUCAGCUUGCCGAUCAAUACGCUGUUACGUGUCUGGGAUGUCCUAAUGCUUGAGGGGGACAAAGUUUUGUUUAGAAUUUCUUUUGGGAUAUUCAAGAUGAAUGAAGCGAAGAUACUCGAAUUAGAUUCUUAUAACAGCUUGUUGAUGUACUGUAAAAACAUGUCAAAGGUACUAGUUGAGCAUAACGAACUAAUCAAGACCAGCUUCAACGAUAUGCGGUUUUUUAGGAGGAAAGAGAUUCAGAAACUUAGGGAAAUGGCCAACGGGAAACUUGGUAGAUCUGGAACUUUGUCUAAAAAUAAAAUUGACCCCUUGUAA